AUGGCUUCCGAUCUAGACCAGCUCAUUGAGAUGGGCUUUGACAAGGAAAGGGCCCAACUGGCAGUUGCAAAGACCGGUGGCCUGCAAGGAGCGCUAGAAUGGCUGGAGGAUCAUCAGGACAAGUCGUUAGAGGAAAUCAAGGCGUCACAGUCACAGCAAGCUGAGGAUGAGGAGGCGCCAGCUCUCAAGCCUGGCGAGGAAGCCCGGAGCUUGGUUUGCAACGACUGUGGCAAGAUGUUCCGCAGCCAGGCGCAGGCGGAGUUCCAUGCUUCUAAGACGCAGCACACCGAUUUCUCCGAGUCUACCGAAGAGCUUGCGCCGUUAACUGAGGAGCAGAAAAAGGAAAGAUUGACAGAGUUGCGGGAGAAGCUGGCAGCUAAGCGAGCAGUGCAAUCCGAGCAGGACAAGGCCGACCAGAAGAGGAACGAGGAAAUCCGCCGGAAGAGCACAAAGGAGAGCCAAGACGCAAAGGAGGAGCUAGAGCGGAAACAGAUGCGGAAAGAAGAGGCCAAGAAAAGGCAGGAGAAGCUGGACGAGAAGGCAGCCCGAGAUCGUGUCAAGGCCAGGAUCGAAGCUGAUAAGGAAGAACGUCGUCGGAAGGCUGAGCGCGAACGUGCUGAGCGGGCGGGCGUUGCUGUUCCUCAAGAGCCUGCCGCUGCUCCGGCGCCCGCUGCGUCUGGCCCUGUUGCAUCCAAGCCUGCUUCUGCUUAUACUGAGACUCGUCUGCGUUUCCAGACCCCCAAAGGCAAUAUUAUGAAAACACUGCCGGUCACUACGACUCUGUUUGAGGUCGCCGCGGCUCUUAAGCAAGAGGACGGCCUCGAAGUUCAGAGCUUCACUCAGACUUUCCCUAAGAAGGUGUUCGAUGGUGAGUUUUUCGGAGAGUCACUGAAAGAACUAGGCCUUGUGCCUAGCGCCAGUCUCGUUAUUCAAUAA